AUGGGUAGCGUCUUGUCAAUCUCCUUAUCAUGCGAUGCCAUUGUUUCACGCUGCUGGGAUUCCGUUUUUAAAAGAGAACCGUAUGUACGUAAGCUCCAAGAAAACCUUCAAGCUCUCACAACAUCUUUACAAGAACUCAAGUCUUUAAAGAAUGAUGUGCAGAGAGAGGUUGAGCUUGCAGAGCGGCAGCCGCAAUUAAAGCGUUUUGUAAGCCAUAGCACUCAAGUAAUUGAGAAAUUAUGCUGCGGAGGUUACUGCCCCAAGAACUACAUAUCCAAAUACAAGUAUGGGAAAAAAGUUGCUAGAAAGUUGGUGGAAGUGGAGGAUUUGAAAAGCAAGGGAGUUUUUGAAGAGGUGGCAGCAGAAAGCUUACCUACAGCUCUAGUCAAUGUGAUACCUAGUGAGCCAACAGUGGGCAUGGAGCCGAUUUUUGAUCAAGUUUGGAGACACAUUGAAGAUGAACAAGUGGGAAUGAUUGGCUUAUAUGGAAUGGGAGGGGUGGGGAAGACCACCCUCCUUACCCAGAUACAUAACAACUUCAACCGCACUCGUAAUGAUUUCAAUCGUGUGAUCUGGAUUGUGGUAUCCAAGGGCCACAAAAUUGAAGUUUUUCAAGAUAAGAUUGGUGAAAGAUUGGGCUAUCUAGUGAUGUAUGGAAGCUUAAAGAGCAGCAUGAAAAAACUGAAGACAUCUUCAGAAUCUUGA